AUGACUUUUUUCUCUUUCUUCUCCUUCUUCUUCUUCUUCUUCUUCUUCUUCUUCUUCUUCUUCUUCUUCUUCUUCUUCUAUGUGCUGUGUCCCUUCAAGACAUUGCUUUUUCUUGUUUUUCUUUUUUGCCUUUUUCUUCUUCUCUCUUUCUUUUUGUUUUUCUUCUUUGCUUUCUUCUUUUUCCAUUUUUUUCUUUGCCUCCUUUUAUUUCUUUGUUGCAUUCUUUUUAGCUUCUUUUACUUCUUUGUUUUCUUUUACUUUGCCUUCUUCUUUUUUCAUUCUUUUUCUUCUUUCUUUUUUUUCUUAUUUCUCUUCCUUUUCUUUUUGACCUUUUUUCAUUUCUUUUUCUUACAGAUUAAUAAUUUCUUCUAUUUUCUUCUUUGCCUUCUUCUUACUCUUUUCUUUCUUCUUUUUCUUUUUUCCCCAUUUCCUUUUUUCUCCUUUUUGACUUAUUUGCUUUCUUCUUCUUUUUCUUUGACUUCUUUUUUUCUUCUUUACUUUCUUCUUUUCUUACCUUCAUUUUCUUCUUUGCCUCCUUUUUUUACUUCUUUUUUUCAUUGCUUUCUUCUUAUUUUUCUGUCUUUUUUCUCUUCCUUUUAUUAUUUACCUUUUUUCCUUUCUUUUUCUUUCUGCUUUAUAAUUUCUUUUUUUUAA